UAACAGAGAUACCCCAGAGAGAUGUCCCCGUCCUCUGUAUUCCCAGGACUGUACAGAGGAGAAUCACAGGAUCCCACAGGAGGAUCAGGUAGAACAUCUGUCUAAUAUUAAAACAGAAGAUACAGAGGGAGAAGAAGAGACGUAUGUGACUGUUAUAAAAGAAGAAGAUAUAGACGGAGAAGAGGAGACAUAUGUGACUGAUAUAAAGGUAGAAGAUAUAGAGGGAGAAGAGGAGACGUAUGUGACUGAUAUAAAGACAGAAGAUAUAGAGGGAGAAGAAGAGACAAAUGUGACUGAUAUAAAGGCAGAAGAUACAGAGGGAGAAGAAGAGACGUAUGUGACUGAUAUAAAGGCAGAAGAUAUAGAGGAAGAAGAAGAGACGUAUGUGACUGAUAUAAAGGCAGAAGAUACAGAGGGAGAAGAGACGUAUGUGAUGGAUAUAAAGGCCGAAGAUAUAGAGGGAGAAGAAGAGACGUAUGUGACUGAUAUAAAGGCAGAAGAUAUAGAGGGAGAAGAAGAGACAUAUGUGACUGAUAUGAAGGAAGAAGAUACAGAGGGAGAAGAAGACACGUAUGUGAGGGGUAAUCAGCAGUGUAAGGAGGAGGAGAUCCCUACAGAUAUCAGCACAGAUGGACACACAAGCAGAAAUAUCUCAGAAGGACAUCUAAUGUUAUCCCCGGAUUGUGACAUAAAAGAUAAUGACAGCAGACAGGAUUCUCCAGGAGAUAAUCCCAUUACCCCAAUUAUACAUCCAGCUCUAUCAGCUGAUCCCCCUGAUCCUGGGAAAUGUUCUCCUGAUCACUCUGAUAUUGGUGCAUCUGUUACAGCUCUGACAGUAGAUACAGUGUUUCCCUGUUCUAUAGAUGCCAAAUGUUUUACACAGAACACAAAGCCUAUUAACCCACACACAGGUAAGGCAGGUGAAAUGCCACUGAUAUGUUCUGAAUGUGGGAAAUGUUUUACACAGAAAUCACAACUUGUUACACAUCAGAGAAGUCACACAGGUGAGAAGCCAUUUCCAUGUUCUGAGUGUGGAAAAUAUUUUGCACACAAAUCACAUCUUGUUAUACAUAACAGAAGACACACAGGUGAGAAGCCAUUUUCUUGCUCUGAUUGUGGUAAAUGUUUUACACAGAAAUCACAACUUGUUAGACAUCAGAGAAGUCACACAGGUGAGAAGGGAUUUCCAUGUUCUGAGUGUGGUAAAUGUUUUGCACACAAAUCAGAUCUUGUUAGACAUAACAGAAGUCACACAGGUGAGAAGCCAUUUUCUUGCUCUGAGUGUGGAAAAUAUUUUGCACACAAAUCACAUCUUGUUAUACAUAACAGAAGACACACAGGUGAGAAGCCAUUUUCUUGCUCUGAGUGUGGGAAAUGUUUUGCACUGAAAUCAGAUCUUGUUAGACAUCACAGAAGUCACACAGGUGAGAAGCCAUUUCCAUGUUCUGAGUGUGGGAAAUGUUUUACACAGAAAUCACAACUUGUUACACAUCACAGAAGUCACACAGGUGAAAAGGCAUUUCCAUGUUCUGAGUGUGGGAAAUGUUUUGCACACAAAUCAGAUCUUGUUAUACAUCACAGAAGUCACACAGGUGAGAAGCUGUUUUCUUGCUCUGAGUGUGGGAAAUGUUGUGUAAGUAAAUCACAUCUUGUUAUACAUCAGAGAAGUCACACAGGUGAGAAGCUGUUUUCUUGCUCUGAGUGCAGGAAAUGUUUUGCACAUAAAUCACAUCUUGUUAGACAUCAGCGAACUCACACAGGUGAGAAGCCAUUUCUAUAUUCUGAGAAAUAAAUCAGCUCUUGUUACACACAAUAGACAUCACUCAGGUGAGGAACCAUUUUAAUCUUCUGGAGUAUAGUUAUCAUUGCCAUGCAUUGUUCUUCAAGGUUCUUAUCCUAUCUCCUAUGCUUUUUGCAAUGUACAUGUUACCACUGAGUGAAAUAAUCAGAUGUCAUGUCCUCAUCUACCACUGCUAUGCAGAUGACUUGUCUUUUGCUCCGGGUACUGAGAACCAAGUACCAAUCCUAAAUGGUUGUCUAGCUGAGCUAUAGGUAUGGGUGAUGCCAGUUGGCUGUGACAGUCCUGGCGAAAUAGGUCCUUAAGAUAGAAGCUAGAGUUACAAAAUGCUGAUCCUGUAUGGAAUCUUGGUGUCCUGAAAGGUGGAGUGACACUUAUAGGCCCUACACACUUGGCGAUUUUCUGAAAGAUAUGAACGAUCUCGUUCAUAAAUGAACGAGAUCUCGUUCAUAUCUUUCAGUGUGGAGACUUAAGUGAUGAACGAUGCGCGUCCCCGCGCUCGUUCAUCGCUGGUCUCCCGUCGGCUGUGCAUGCAGGCCAAUAUGGACGAUCUCGUCCAUAUUUGCCUGCACUUCAAUGCAGCCGGGU